AUGUCCACCACAUACCCAGCCCUCGUGCUAUCGCUCCUCACCUCCUUAGGAGGCUCAAUCGGUUAUGCCCGCACUGGCUCCCUCCCCUCCAUAAUAGCCGGUUUUGCAGUCGGCACGGUCUACUUCGCUAGCUACCUGAGUCUGCGUAAUGGUUGGCCAUACGGCGAGGAAUUGGGACUGCUUGCUUCGGUCGUGUUGGGUGGUAGCUCAGUUCCACGGGUGAUUAAGACGGGUGGAAAGCCUGUUCCUACUUUGUUGGCUGGGAUUGCUAUAUACGGGCUUGUGGUUUUUGGACUUGCGUAUCGUGAAAAGAAUGCUGUUUAA